GGGCGCUCGUGCCGUGUCUCUCUCUCUUUCUCUCUCUCUGUUCGCUAACGUCAUCGCGAGCGACCGUCGGCGCUGAUCGGCCGACGGAGAUCGCCCGGCGACGACCCGUUAUCACUCGACGAUCGUGAUCGUCGACCUCUCGGCGCGCGCGGCGGAACGUUCCUUUGUGCGGCGGCGACGUUUCCCCCGCGGGGGACCCUCAUACGCGGGAACUAUUUCGAGAUAGAGGGGCGGCGUUGGCGGCCAUGAUGGGUGUCAGCGGCGAGUAGCGAGUGUAGCGACGUUACCUCCUCGCUCGCCGUCAGUCGGUUUCGCGCUUCGACGAAUUGAUGCCGAGUGAUCUCGGGGGGAACGGAGAGGCGCGCACACGACGACAGACGAGAGACCGGGAGCCGGGGAGCCGAGAGUAGAGAUCCGUAAGCAGGGAAGAGGACGACGUCGGUGUGGAUCCAGACGCGCUCGCACGGGGGCCAAGUCCGCACGCGGCGGUCAGCAGCGGCUGGGAACCUCUCCAAGGCGACUCGCCACCGAGCACCGAGGCGAAAAUGACGCAGCUACUACCCAUAAGGUUCCAGGAACACCUGCAGCUUACGGCUGUGGGGAUCAACGCCAGCAAUGUCAGCUUCAACACCCUCACCAUGGAGUCUGACAAAUUCAUUUGCGUUAGGGAGAAGGUUGGCGAUACCGCCCAGGUAGUAAUCAUUGACAUGAACGAUUCCGCCAAUCCUAUCAGAAGACCGAUAUCCGCCGAUUCCGCAAUUAUGAAUCCCGCUAGUAAAGUCAUCGCUCUCAAAGCUAUGAAGACGCUUCAGAUCUUCAAUAUUGAGAUGAAGUCGAAGAUGAAGGCUCACACAAUGACGGAAGACGUGGUCUUUUGGAAAUGGAUAUCGCUGAACACGCUAGCGUUAGUAACGGAGACUGCGGUGUAUCACUGGUCCAUGGAGGGUGAUUCGACGCCAAAUAAGAUGUUCGAACGUCACUCGUCGUUAAACGGCUGCCAGAUUAUCAAUUACAGAACAGAUCCGAAGCAGACGUGGCUGUUGUUGAUCGGUAUCUCGGCGCAACAUAACAGAGUGGUCGGCGCCAUGCAGCUUUACUCGGUAGAACGGAAAUGUUCGCAACCGAUCGAGGGACACGCCGCCUCCUUCGCGCAGUUCAAGAUGGAGGGAAACGCGGAGGCUAGCAAUCUGUUCUGUUUCGCCGUUAGAACGGUCCAGGGCGCGAAGCUUCACAUCAUCGAAGUGGGCCAGCCGCCCACCGGUAACCAUCCGUUCCCCAAAAAAGCGGUGGACGUGUUCUUUCCACCCGAGGCCGGAAACGAUUUUCCCGUCGCUAUGCAAGUUAGCUCCAAGUACGACGUCAUAUAUUUAAUCACGAAAUACGGUUAUAUACACAUGUACGAUAUCGAGUCCGCGACCUGUAUAUUUAUGAAUCGUAUCUCGGGAGAGACGAUCUUCGUCACCGCUCCGCACGAGGCAUCCGGCGGCAUAAUAGGAGUGAAUCGGAAGGGUCAGGUCUUGUCCGUCUCCGUGGACGAGGAGAACAUAAUCCCGUACAUCAACGGAGUGCUGCAGAAUUCGGAAUUGGCGCUGAGAAUGGCCGUGAGAAACAAUCUGUCGGGCGCGGAGGAUUUGUUCGUAAGAAAAUUCAAUAUGCUCUUCCAGAAUGGUCAGUACGCGGAGGCGGCGAAGGUCGCGGCUAACGCUCCCAAAGGAAUACUCAGAACGCCCGCGACUAUCCAACGAUUUCAACAGGUCCCUGCUACUCAGGGUCAAACGUCGCCUCUUUUACAAUAUUUCGGAAUUCUUCUGGAUCAGGGACAGCUGAACAAGUACGAAUCGUUGGAGCUGUGUCGACCGGUAUUGGUUCAGGGACGUAAGCAGCUGCUGGAAAAGUGGUUGAAGGAGGACAAACUGGAAUGCAGCGAGGAGUUGGGAGAUCUAGUGAAGCAAGCGGAUCCUACGUUGGCGCUUAGCGUUUAUUUGAGAGCUAACGUCCCCAACAAGGUCAUCCAAUGCUUCGCGGAGACCGGCCAAUUUCAGAAGAUCGUCUUGUAUGCCAAGAAAGUCUCAUACACGCCCGACUAUAUAUUCCUCCUGCGAAAUGUCAUGAGGAUUAAUCCCGAUCAGGGUGUGGCAUUCGCGCAGAUGCUGGUUCAGGACGACGAACCGUUGGCCGACAUCAAUCAGAUCGUCGAUAUAUUUAUGGAGCAGAACAUGGUGCAGCAAUGUACGGCGUUCCUGCUGGACGCGCUCAAGAACAAUCGGCCAAGCGAGGGUGCCUUACAGACCCGUCUCUUAGAGAUGAAUUUAAUGUCCGCCCCGCAAGUGGCUGACGCUAUAUUGGGCAAUCAAAUGUUUACCCAUUACGACAGAGCUCACGUCGCGCAAUUGUGCGAGAAGGCUGGCCUGUUGCAACGCGCUCUCGAGCACUACACAGAUCUAUAUGACAUCAAGAGAGCGGUGGUACAUACGCAUCUGCUCUCGCCCGAUUGGCUCGUAGGUUUCUUCGGCACUUUGUCCGUAGAAGACUCCCUCGAAUGUUUGAAAGCCAUGUUAACGGCCAACAUACGGCAGAACUUGCAAAUCUGCAUACAAAUCGCGACCAAGUAUCACGAGCAAUUAACCACUAAAGCACUGAUAGAUCUCUUUGAAAGUUUCAAGUCUUACGAGGGCCUGUUUUACUUUUUGGGGUCUAUCGUGAAUUUCAGUCAGGAUCAAGAGGUACAUUUCAAGUACAUCCAGGCGGCGUGUAAGACUGGCCAGAUCAAGGAGGUAGAGCGUAUAUGUCGGGAGAGCAACUGUUACAAUCCGGAGCGCGUAAAGAAUUUCCUGAAGGAAGCAAAGCUGUCCGAUCAAUUGCCUUUGAUAAUCGUGUGCGAUCGAUUCGACUUCGUUCACGAUCUCGUUCUCUAUCUUUAUCGCAAUAACUUACAAAAGUACAUCGAGAUAUACGUUCAAAAGGUAAAUCCGUCGCGUCUCCCGGUGGUCGUGGGUGGUCUACUGGACGUUGACUGCUCGGAAGAUAUCAUUAAGAAUCUGAUCCUGGUGGUGCGCGGACAAUUCUCCACCGACGAACUGGUCGAGGAAGUGGAAAAGAGAAAUCGGCUCAAGUUGUUGCUACCGUGGUUGGAAUCUCGCGUUCAUGAGGGCUGCGUGGAGCCGGCUACGCACAACGCGCUGGCCAAGAUUUACAUUGACAGCAAUAAUAAUCCCGAAAGAUUUCUCAAGGAAAAUCAAUUCUACGACAGUAGAGUUGUCGGCAAGUAUUGUGAGAAGCGCGAUCCCCAUUUAGCUUGCAUCGCGUACGAGCGUGGCCAGUGCGACCGCGAGCUGAUAAGCGUGUGCAACGAGAACAGCCUGUUCAAGAGCGAGGCCAGAUAUUUGGUGAGACGUAGAGAUCCCGAUCUUUGGGCGGAAGUACUGUUAGAGAGCAAUCCGUACAAGCGACCGUUGAUCGAUCAGGUUGUUCAGACGGCGUUAUCCGAGACGCAAGAUCCCGAAGAUAUAUCGGUUACCGUCAAGGCUUUCAUGACAGCCGACUUGCCUAACGAGCUGAUCGAGCUUCUCGAGAAGAUAGUACUGGACAGCAGCGUGUUCAGCGAUCAUCGUAACCUGCAGAAUCUCUUGAUACUAACGGCCAUCAAGGCCGAUCGUACGCGCGUCAUGGAAUAUAUUAAUCGCUUGGACAAUUACGACGCUCCGGACAUUGCCAACAUUGCUAUUAACAACGAACUUUACGAGGAGGCUUUCGCGAUCUUCAAAAAGUUCGACGUCAACACAUCGGCCAUCCAGGUUCUAAUUGAACAAGUCGGCAACUUGGACAGAGCUUAUGAAUUUGCAGAAAGAUGCAACGAGCCGCCGGUAUGGUCGCAGCUCGCCAGGGCUCAACUGCAGCAAGGUCUGGUUAAAGAGGCAAUCGACAGCUUUAUCAAAGCGGACGAUCCGUCCGCGUACGUGGACGUGGUGGAAACCGCGCAUCGGACUUCGCAUUGGGAAGACUUGGUACGCUAUCUCGCAAUGGCCCGCAAGAAAGCACGCGAAUCCUUCAUCGAGAGCGAAUUGAUAUACGCGUACGCGCGGACCAACAGGCUCGCGGAUCUCGAGGAAUUUAUAUCUGGCCCUAAUCACGCCGACAUACAGAAGAUUGGCGAUAGAUGUUUCGACGAUAAGAUGUAUGACGCUGCGAAGCUCCUUUACAACAAUGUAUCGAACUUUGCGCGUCUAGCUAUAACGCUGGUCCAUCUGAAAGAAUUUCAAGGUGCCGUCGAUAGCGCGCGCAAAGCCAACUCGACGCGCACCUGGAAGGAAGUUUGUUUCGCCUGUGUGGACAGCGGCGAAUUUCGCUUGGCUCAAAUGUGCGGUCUCCACAUAGUUGUACACGCGGACGAACUCGAGGAUUUGAUCAAUUACUACCAAGAUCGCGGGCAUUUCGAAGAGCUCAUCAACCUCUUGGAAGCUGCUUUAGGACUAGAACGGGCUCACAUGGGAAUGUUCACCGAACUAGCUAUCCUCUAUAGUAAAUACAAGCCUCAACGAAUGAGGGAACAUUUGGAACUCUUCUGGUCGCGCGUCAAUAUACCGAAGGUGCUACGCGCAGCGGAACAGGCCCAUUUGUGGGCCGAGCUGGUGUUCCUGUAUGACAAGUACGAGGAAUAUGACAACGCGGUCCUCGCGAUGAUGCAACAUCCUACCGAAGCUUGGCGAGAGGGCCACUUCAAAGACGUAAUCACUAAAGUCGCAAACGUCGAGCUCUACUACAAGGCUAUACAAUUUUACGUGGAAUUCAAACCCCUACUUCUGAACGAUAUAUUGCUCGUACUUGCUCCGCGCAUGGAUCACACUAGAUCGGUGGCGUAUUUCACGCGAACCGGCCAUCUGCAAUUGGUGAAACCGUACUUGAGAUCGGUUCAAGCUCUCAACAACAAAGCUAUUAACGAAGCCUUAAACGGCUUGCUGAUUGACGAAGAAGAUUACCAAGGUCUUCGAACAUCGAUCGACGCGUUCGAUAAUUUUGAUAAUAUCGCGUUAGCGCAGCAACUUGAGAAACAUGAAUUGAUUGAGUUCAGGAGAAUCGCCGCCUAUCUGUACAAGGGAAAUAACAGAUGGAAGCAGUCCGUAGAACUUUGCAAGAAGGAUCGAUUGUUCAGGGAUGCUAUGGAAUAUGCGGCGGAAUCCCGGAAUGCUGAAGUCGCCGAAGAAUUACUCGAGUGGUUCUUGGAGAGAGGCUCUAAGGACUGUUUCGCAGCAUGCCUAUUUCAUUGUUACGAUUUACUUCAUCCGGACGUCAUCUUGGAGCUCGCAUGGAGACAUCGCAUUUUACAUUUCGCAAUGCCGUAUCUUAUACAAGUCGCACGAGAAUAUAUCACUAAGGUCGAUAAAUUAGAAGAGGCCGAAAGCCGACGUAUCGAAGAAACUGAUCAUCAGGAACACAAGCCUAUGAUUAUGCCGGAACCUCAGCUAAUGCUGACUGCAGGGCCAGGAAUGAUGGCACCCGGCUACGCGCCUCAAACCGUAUACGGUGCACCGGCACAAGUGUACGCGUCCACCGCAGCCUACCAAGGUUACGGUAUGUGAGAUACAUUUAAGGAGACAGAUCAACAAAGUCUACUUUUCUAUAAAGUUUAGGUAGAAUGAGAUUGUUUUGUUAGCUUAAUAUCGUCAAAGCGAAUACGAAUAAAUAUCAUUAGAAACGAUGAAUUGCCACGAUUUAGAUCAUGAUAAUAGUGUAACGAAUAGCGAAAUGCAUUGCGAAAUGACAUUAAUACGCUAUCACACGCUACCUAAAUGUGAAUCUGUAAUUUAUAGGGGAAACGUCGAGCAAGCAAUUAUAUUUCACGGUUUAAAUAGCUGUUCAAUGCGGAUUUUGCGCGAAAAGCAUAUUAUUAAGAAAAUUAUAUUAUUUAAAAAAAGAGUGCGAAACAAAAAAAUUAUUAUUUUUUUUUAAAUACGGUUUACCGAGAUUUUUCUAUUAAAUUAUCGUUGCACAGUCAGUAAAAAGAUAUACGUGCGUUGUGGAAGCAAAGUAUAAUUUCCCUGUCUUUUACUGGCACAUAUAUAUAUAUAUACGUGUGCGUCUACGUGCCUUUCUUUUGGCUACUAACAGAAAGCAAGCUUUUUCGGGCAAUGUCAUGUAAUUCGGAAGCAAAAUCAACUGUUGAUUACAGUAUACAUCGUAUGUUUCUGUUGGUUUCUGUACAGAUCAUCCAGUGCUUGCUUUUCGAGCGAAAUUUUUUUCAAUUUUUUUCACCACAUGUGUAAAACAUAUUUUGGAAGAGUCCGUUCCUUCUUUUUUUCUUAACCUUCGAAAAAUGUUAGCACCGUACGAGAUAUACAUCCUCGAAACAUUCUAGCGUGUGAUAAACCACAGUGAAAAUUACAGAGCCCUCGCAAAAUUGAAAUAAGAGUAUCUUUUAGAUUGGGGUAGAUCGCGUAUCGUUAUAUCAGUAUUAUAACGACGAGAUCAAGAUGGGAAAAAACUGUAGGCAUCUCAGGAUAUGUUGGCGUUAUCUAUAACAACAUAUAUACAUCGUUCUAGAUCUAUCCUGUAUGUACAUUUGCUUGAACAUAAUGCGAAGAUACGUGUUCGCCGAGUUAGCUUGAUUUGCGUAAAUGAACGAAUCCAUUAAAAUAAAUUGUAGAUACUCGAAAUUGCGAGAUCUUAUUGUCUCAUUAACGUACCGUAGUACAUAAAGUAGUUUUGCCCGAGUUUUUUUGCCCGAACUGCAUCAUGUAUCAUGCUUUUAACCUUUCGUUACUAAUUGCGCAGGAAGAUGAUUACAGACAGCUUAGAGUUCGAGGAAUACAUUAAAGAUAAUUUGAUAACAAAGUCCAGCACGAUCGUCACUGUCACAUGCGUUCAUACCAUACAUAAUUUUGGUAAUAUUUUCUACUCGUUUCACCUAUAAUGUGUGUGCAUAAUGUCUUUAUUCGAAGUUAUUGAUCGUUAAUCAUUAUAUAGCUUGUUACGAACUACGCCUAAAUUAUGCAAGUAUUAAGAUAAAUUAGAUCGCAGCAUCUCUGGAAAAACGAUAGAGCCAUGUUUUGUUAAACACUUGUGUUUCUUUUCUCUUUUGGAAUAUUUAUGCAUGUAUAAAGUGCUACGUCAGAACUCAAUUUAUGUAUCAAGUACGACAAACAACCAAGGAAAAAAAAAACAGAUUAAUUUUGUAGUACAUCCUUUAACAUUCCUAAAUGUAAGCUGCCAUGCUGCGUAAUCUUGUGUCACUUACAAUUAGUGAUAUCUCGUUUUUCUUUUUAUUACAUCUCAAGAUGUAACGGGUUAUAGUUAUGUGUAGUCUCUUUAUUUUAAAGCGCGCGAAGAGCGAAAGUGUGUACCGACGAACAGGUCACGUUACUACUAUGCCCAAGUAAAAUAUUUGUAUUACGUAAUAAGUAAAGGAGCGAAGUUAGUUUGUUCGUCUCUCGUUUACUAUCGUCCUCUCUAUCGCGCGGUACUUUCGUCUUUUUUGGUACUCCACAGUUGAUCUUGCAGUGAUCUAGCUGUAUAUAUUACAUAUUAAAAUCGUUAUGUCGAGAGGAGAGAGAAAGAGAGAGGGGAGGAGGUCAGUAACAUGCCCUGGUACUGUUUCACUUUGAUCUAACUUUAGCCAAUGAAAUUGUAGAGAUUGAUUAACAAAUAUAGUUGUUGUACUAAUUGAAAAUGAUUAUCAUUGUAUCAGUGUCAUGUUUGACCACUGUGGUUUUAAUGGAACAUGGGUGGACACACUUCCAAAAUGAAUACAUUAUUGUUCAAUAGUUAUGCACACCUUUCCAUAUGAACACACGACACGAAGAGAUUUACACAUACAUACAUUAUAUAUAAAUAUAACGCUAUAUUAUAUAUACGACUAUAUAUAAAUACUGUACCAUGUAAGUAGUAAAUAUUACAUUACCAAUCCUGUAAUUGUAAUAUCCUACGAUAAUAAUCUGCAAAGGAAUGCUGAAAGAUAUAAAGAAAUAAAAUAACUCUAACAUC